AUGGUGAUGGAAGCUAUGGGUCCAGAAGAGGAACUUCAUUUGAGGAGUGCACUUGAAGUUAAUCAUGAGGAAGAGCCAAACAAGGAUGCUGCAGAUUUUUAUUCUUUGUUGAAAGAUGCAGAAGUACCUUUGUGGGAAGGGUGUAAAAAACACUCUAAGUUAUCUGCUAUUAGUCAAUUAUUAAAUUGCAAGUCUGAAUUUAAUAUGAGUAUAUCUUACUAUGAUCGAAUCAUGAAAAUAGUGAAGAAUAUGUUGCCGGAAAGUGAGAAGCUGCCCUCUGAUUUCUAUCAAUCAAAGAAGAUGCUUCGGAAGUUGGGAUUGGAGUACACAAGUAUUGAUGUUUGUGAGAAUAAUUGUAUGCUAUUCUAUAAGGAAACAGAGAAUUUGAUUGAGUGUACUAUUUGUGGUCAUCCUCGAUAUAAACUUAGAAGAAAUGAUGGUGGUGGUAGGAAAAAAGAUAUUCCUUAUAGAAGGUUGCGAUAUCUUCCAAUAACACCAAGACUUCAGAGGCUUUUUAUGUCAAGCAGAACAGCUGAAAACAUGUCAUGGCAUGUGAAGGGAGGUGAUUCAGAUGAGAUGGUGCAUCUUGCUUGUGGGGAGGCUUGGAAGCACUUUGACCGCAUUCAUCCAUCCUUUUCUACCGAGCCUCGUAAUGUGAGACUUGGGUUAUGUACGGAUGGUUUUAACCCUUUUAGCCAAUCAGCUCGUCCUUAUUCUUGUUGGCCAGUUUUCGUAACAGUUUACAAUCUUCCACCAUCAAUAUGUAUGAAACGACCCUACAUUUUUCUAAGUUUAGUCAUUUUUGGACCUAAGAGCCCCGGCAAAAGUAUCGAUGUCUUGCUUAGGCCUUUGAUUGAUGAACUUAAAAUAUUGUGGGAAGUAGGGGUCACCACUUAUGACAUUUUUAGAAAAGAGAAUUUUCAAAUGAAGGCAGUUUUAUUGUGGACUAUCAACGAUUUUCCUGCAUAUGACAUGCUUUCAGGAUGGAGUACGCAUGGAAAGUUGGCCUGCCCGUAUUGUUUGGAGAACUCAAAAACUUUUACACUACAACAUGGUUGGAAGACUUCUUUUUUUGACUGCCAUCGUCAAUUCUUGCCCAUGGACCAUGCAUACAGAUACCAAGUUGAUGGCCUCUUCAAUGGUAGAAUAGAGACAGACCCCCCACCUCCUCGACUGUCUGGUGAGGAGUUGAAAAAUAGGGUCUCUGCUUUGCCUAAUAUAACUUUUGGUUUGAGAGCUCCUAAGCACACCAUUUCUGGAUUCGGUAAAGAUCAUAAUUGGGUGAAAAGGAGCAUAUUUUGGGAGUUGCCCUAUUGGCAUACACUACUUAUUCGACACAAUUUAGAUGUCAUGCAUAUUGUUCGGAAUGUGUUUCUUAAUAUAUUUUAUACUUGUAUGGAUGUAAAAGGGAAGACUAAAGAUAAUGUGAAAGCAAGGCAAGAUUUAGAGUUGUAUUGCAAGCGUCCUAAGUUGAGGAUUCAAUUUGUUAAUGGAAAGCUAGUUAAGCCUCGAGCUUCCUAUGUAUUGUCCAAAGACCAAGCAAUAGAGGUCUACGAGUGGGUGAAAGGAUUAAUGUUGAUCCCCUAA